AUGGGACAAACUGAGGCAAAACCUGGAGGUGAAAAAAGCCAAUUCAAAGACAUCCUGAAAAAACCUAAAGAUUCCUAUGCAGGUGUCAUCCAGCUGUUCAGCGACAGUGUCCAUAGAGCAUCAUUCAGGACCCAGGAGUACCUGACAUUCCAGGACCCUAAACAGAAGCUCCAGCCUAGUGCUGUCACUCUGUGCGAGAUCUUCCUGAUGAGCUGUAUCAGCCACAUGGAGCAACUGCGGUCAGCCGAGGUGUUCACCUGCACCGCCACCUCCAAGGAGCAGAAGAUCCUUCUGGGUGUCGACUGGGUGUGGGACAUAGUCGAGGAACACAGCAAAGUCAAGGUUCAGGUGGCUGUUCAGGUUCUGUACCUACCAGAGCGGCAGGGCGAGGACCACGAUGACUACCCCUGGGAGGUCUACACCGAGUCCAUGAAGAUAGCCAAGGCGGAGUCGGCCCACAGAAGCAAGGUCAAGAGGAUCAUCGAGUUCUCUUCCACAGUGGGAAAGAGUUGCUACGCCCUCUUCCUGUUCUUUGGCCGAAAGGAUGACCCAGGCAACAUAUAUGGGGUGAUCAGCAAUAACUUUCAUGCAGCUUUUGGUAGAUGUGCUGAAAUUGAUCGGGUUUUCAUUGAAAAUUUCUUCCAUGGGUCAAGUUCUUUUGCCACACCUGCUGAGAUGAUGACAAAUAUCCUUGGAAGGAGGCGGAAUGCUGCUCUUACGAUGCUUGUCAAGUUCACAUAGUAGGUAAAGCAGACAUCAAAUAUUAAUGGAUUAGAUCAGAAGUCUUUUGAAACAGCAGCUGUUAGGUGACACGGCCCCACAGCUGCUGCCAAACGCUACUGUCCUCAAUUGUUUUGUUUACAGACUGACAGAUGCCUUGUGUCAACUGACAGUGCCAGUCGUAGGGGGGAGAGCGAUGUCUCCACAUCGUGAAAUGUGACAUGGUGCUGCAAAGAAACUAUUCCCAGGCGCACAGACACUGCAGGUUAUGCGUGUUUCUGCCAGAUUCCCAGUGACGC